CAGAUGUUUUAGAGCAACAGGUUCAGGAACUUGAAAUAUAGGGGUGGGGAAAGAGAAGGGAAAAAAAAAAAAAUCAAAACCAAAAAGGAAGGAAAGAAAGAGCCGUCAGCGGAGGAACAACAACCCCAGCGCAGGAGGCAAAGAAGACGGGGACAGCCCUGGUCGUCGCUGCUGCUCCUGCCGCCCCCACCCCUGCUCGGGGAUGUACCUUUCCAUUUGUUGCUUCUUCUUCUGCUGGGCUCCCGCCCUGUCGCUGAAGAACCUGAAUUACUCGGUGCCGGAGGAGCAGGGAGCGGGCACGGUCAUCGGGAACAUCGGGCGCGAUGCGCGGCUGGCGGCAGGCGCGGCGGGAGGCGGGAUGCUGCCCGCGGAGCGUGGCGUUCCCGGUGGCGGCCCCGGGGGCGGCCGCGGCCCCAAGUCCACCUUCCGGGUGCUGGAGAAUUCAGCCCCGCACCUUCUGGACGUGGACGGGGAGAGCGGGCUGCUCUACACCAAGCAGCGCAUUGACCGUGAGGCGCUGUGCCGGCGCAGCGCCAAGUGCCAGCUGUCCCUCGAGGUGUUCGCCAAUGACCAGGAGAUCUGCAUGAUCAAAGUGGAGAUUCAGGACCUGAACGACAAUGCACCAUCAUUCCCCUCUGACCAAGUGGACAUGGACAUCUCUGAAAAUGCUGCACCAGGCACCCGCUUCCCCCUCACCAGCGCCCAUGACCCAGACGCUGGGGACAACGGUCUGCGCACCUACCUGCUCACUCGUGAUGACUACGGCCUCUUCUCCCUCGAUGUGAAGUCCCGUGGUGACGGCACAAAGUUUCCGGAGCUGGUCAUCCAGAAGCCAUUAGACCGUGAGGAGCAGAGUCACCACACCCUGGUGCUGACGGCACUGGAUGGUGGUGACCCACCACGCUCAGGCACGGUGCAGAUCAAUGUGCGCCUCAUUGACUCCAAUGACAACAGCCCCAUCUUUGAGGCAGCCUCCUACGUGGUAGAGCUGCCAGAGAACGCACCGCUAGGCACGGCAGUCAUUGACCUCAAUGCCACUGAUGCCGAUGAGGGUACCAAUGGAGAGGUGCUCUACUCCUUCAGUGGUUACGCACCCGAGCGUGUCCGUGACCUGUUUAGCAUUGACCCACAGAGCGGCCUCAUCCGUGUCAAGGGCAACCUGGACUAUGAGGAGAGUGGCCUCAUUGAGAUUGAUGUCCAAGCUCGGGACUUGGGGCCAAAUCCCAUCCCUGCUCACUGUAAAGUCACUGUCCGCCUCAUCGACCGCAAUGACAAUGCUCCCACAAUUGGCUUUGUCUCUGUUCGCCAGGGAGCUCUGAGUGAAGCUGCCCCACCAGGAACUGUCAUUGCCCUGGUGCGGGUCACUGACCGUGACUCAGGCAAGAACGGGCAGCUCCAGUGUCGGGUGCUGGGUGGUGGUGGCGGGCCCGGUGCUGUUCCUUUCACCCUGGAGGAGAACUAUGACAACUUCUACACUGUGGUCACCGACCGACCCCUGGACCGUGAGACGCAGGACGAGUACAAUGUGACCAUCGUGGCACGUGAUGGGGGCAAUCCCCCACUUAACUCCACCAAGUCAUUUUCUGUCCGGAUCCUUGACGAGAAUGACAACCCACCCCGCUUCAGCAAGAAUCUUUAUGUGUUGCAGGUGCCUGAGAACAACAUCCCUGGAGAGUACCUGGGUUCAGUCUUGGCCCAGGAUCCUGACUUGGGCCAAAAUGGGACAGUGUCUUACUCCAUUCUGCCUGGGCAUGUGGGAGAUGUCUCCAUCUACACCUAUGUCUCUGUCAACCCCACAAAUGGUGCUAUUUAUGCUUUGAGGAGCUUCAAUUAUGAGCAGACAAAGCACUUUGAGUUCCGCGUGCUGGCCAAAGAUUCGGGUUCACCCCACCGUGAAAGCAAUGCCACAGUGCGCGUCACCGUGCUCGACGUCAACGAUAACGCACCCCUCAUCGUCCUGCCUGCCCUCAUCAAUGACACUGCUGAGCUGCAGGUGCCACGCAAUGCUGGGGUGGGCUACCCCGUGGGCACCGUCCGCGCCCUGGACAGUGACUUUGGGGAGAGUGGGCGCCUCACGUAUGAGAUUGUGGAAGGUAAUGAGGAGCACCUCUUUGAGAUGGACCCCACCAGUGGUGAGAUACGCACCUUGCACCCCUACUGGGAAGAGCUCAGCCCUGUGGCUGAACUAGUGGUAAAAGUCAGUGACCAUGGCAAGCCCAGCCUCUCCGCUGUGGCCAAGCUCAUAGUCAGGGCUUUGGCGGGGCCCCUGCCCGAGGCUGGCGAGCCACAGGUGAAUGGCGAGCAGCAUCGGCGGCCACACUGGGACUUGUCGCUGCCGCUGAUUGUGACACUGAGCACUGUCUCCAUCAUCUUGCUGGCUGCCAUGAUCACUAUUGCUGUGAAGUGCAAGCGAGAGAACAAGGAGAUCCGCACCUAUAAUUGUCGCAUUGCCGAGUAUAGCCACCCUCAGCUGGGAGGAGGGGGAGGCAGUGGCGGGGGAGGAGGAGGCAGUGGCAGUGGAGGGGGCAAGGGCAAGAAGAAGAAGAUCAGCAAGAAUGACAUUAUGCUGGUGCCCAGUGAGGGCGAGGACAGCCGGGGUCCCCUCAAUGUCAUGAACGUGGUGAGCAGCCCAUCCCUGGCCACCUCACCCAUGUACUUUGACUACCAGACCCGCCUGCCCCUCAGCUCUCCCAGGUCUGAGGUGAUGUACCUGAAGCCCGCCUCCAACAACCUGACUGUACCCCAGGGACAUGUGGGCUGCCACACCAGCUUCACAGGGCAAGGGACUAACGCCAGCGAGGCUCCCCCGAGCCGGAUGUCCAUAAUUCAGACAGACAAUUUUCCCGCAGAGCCCAAUUACAUGGGCAGCAGGCAGCAGUUUGUUCAAAGUAGCUCCACGUUCAAGGAUCCAGAAAGAGCCAGCUUGAGGGACAGCGGGCAUGGGGACAGUGAUCAGGCUGACAGUGACCAAGACACUAACAAAGGCUCCUGCUGUGACAUGUCUGUUAGGGAGGCACUCAAGAUGAAAACUACUUCAACUAAAAGCCAGCCACUUGAACAAGAACAAGAAGAAUGUGUUAACUGCACAGAUGAAUGCAGAGUGCUUGGUCAUUCUGACAGGUGUUGGAUGCCACAGUUCCCUGCAGCCAGUCAGGCUGAGAAUGCAGAUUAUCGCACAAAUCUCUUUGUACCCACAGUUGAAGCUAACGUUGAGACUGAGACAUACGAAACUGUGAAUCCCACUGGGAAAAAGACUUUUUGUACAUUUGGGAAAGACAAGAGAGAGCACACUAUUCUCAUUGCCAAUGUUAAACCUUACUUAAAAGCCAAACGUGCCCUGAGUCCUCUCCUUCAGGAGGUUCCCUCAGCAUCGAGCAGCCCAACCAAGACAUGCAUUGAGCCUUGCACCUCAACAAAAGGACCACUGGAUGGUUGUGAAGUGAAAUCAGGAGCCUUGGCUGAACCAAGCAGCCAGUACUUGUCAACUGACAGUCAGUAUCUAUCGCCCAGUAAACAGUCAAAGGACGCUUCCUUCAUUGCAUCAGAUCAGAUGGCUAGGGCCUUUGCAGACGUGCACUCCCGAGUGAGCCGAGACUCCAGUGAGAUGGACUCUGUUCUGGAGCAGUUAGACCGUUCAGCCCGGGAUCUAGGCAGGGAGUCGGUGGAUGCCGAGGAAGUUGUGAGAGAAAUAGACAAGCUCUUGCAGGACUGUCGGGGAAGUGACCCUGUGGCCAUCAGAAAGUGAGGGGGAAAAUAAGGACAGGCUGGCAGUUGCAUUCCUCUUCUGCUGAUUGAAAGUAAAUAAAUAAGUAAAUUCCCUGGUUGUUACAGAAUUACAGGAAUGAAGGAAGACCAAUGCUGCUUUAAGGCUUUUAGUGAACAUCUGAAGUGCCCACAAGUAUGUUCUUUUCACUGCUCUUUCUUUUUGACAGAUAACACUGGUUUCAUUUUGACCAAACUUUCAUUAGGACAGAGUCAAGUACACCAAGAACAAAAUGAAAGAAGGAAAGACAGUGCCAUUUUGACAAUCUCAUAGGAAGGUGUGAGAAAGAUGGAAUGGAAAUACGUCUGAUUCUUUAAGACUGUCCUCAAUAGCUGAUGCUGACUUUACUGUUUACGUAUAAACCCCAAGAAAAACAGGGUUGAAUAAUGCUGAUCUGUGGUGAAUUUCCAGCAGCCACCACAGGCUUCUACUGAAAGUCCUAUAAAGAGUUCUUGUAGUAGUCCAAGUGACACCAAACAUUAACAUUCAUUUGUGGUAAACAUUUAUGUACAAAGUUAUCUGCCACAA